GAUGGUGACGUCAUCAAUGAGCGUAGGCGGAAGUAUCUCGGCAAAACAAACACCAGGAAGAGGGCAGAUUAAGAACUUAGGUCUUACUGCGAUUUAACCGCUUUAGUGAUAAUUUUAAAUAUAUUUUUUGUAAAUUACUGUCUCAGGAUUUACAAGCUUUCUUGGAAACAUGUCAAAUAUGGAGAAACAUCUCUUCAACCUAAAGUUUGCUGCCAAAGAACUUGAGCGAAAUGCCAAGAAAUGUGAUAAGGAGGAGAAAACGGAAAAGGCCAAGGUGAAAAAGGCCAUUCAGAAAGGAAAUAUGGAAGUGGCACGGAUACAUGCAGAAAACGCCAUCCGGCAGAAGAAUCAGUCUGUGAACUUCCUGAGAAUGAGCGCCCGGGUAGAUGCAGUGGCUGCCAGGGUCCAAACUGCAGUUACAAUGAACAAGGUCACUAAAUCAAUGGCUGGUGUUGUGAAAGGCAUGGAUGCUACACUGAAAGGCAUGAACCUGGAGAAGAUCUCAGGCCUUAUGGACAAGUUUGAGCGCCAGUUUGAAACACUGGAUGUGCAGACCUCCCAGAUGGAGGACACGAUGAGCAACACGACAACACUCACAACUCCGCAGAACCAAGUGGAUUCGCUGAUGCAUGAGAUGGCUGAUGAAGCUGGGCUGGAUCUAAACAUGGAGCUUCCACAAGGUCAAAUGGGUUCAGUGGGCACAAGUGUUGCAUCUGCAGAGCAGGAUGAGCUGUCUCAGAGAUUGGCCAAACUCAGAGACCAGGUGUAGUGGACAUACAAUUCGUGCAAGAUGUGCCAGAAAUAUGGUCAGUGACUGUCCUGGAAUGACCGGCCGGAAAGAGUCUCUUCCCUCCUCCCCAAUCCUGCAUUUUCCCCUCAAUUCUUCACUGCCUUUAGCUCUAAAACGGAGCUGUCUCCCCCAGUCCUCUAUCUUGUAUGGGGAGUGGUAAGUGUUUUGUAUAGCAUAUUUUGAAUUCUCCACUACACUACAAGAAAAUGCAUAACAUUUUUGUCAUUAAAAAGAAAAAGAGGAUUUGUAACAGAUGUAUACAUUUUGUAAUGCAUUUUACUUUGAUAUACUCUCUUAAAAGGAUUUUGUCAAAAGGUAUCAUGCAGAGAAAUUAUUUUGUGAAUUCAGGCUAAAAGCGUGUUUUGUUUUGUUUUUCUUCCCCCCAAUGAUAGUUCUUGACAUGCAUUGCAUCAGUCACGUACACCAGAUAAAUCACAAUUGUAUACAAACAAAACAAAGUCCUAAAUCAAGUACAUAAGAUAAAUAUGAAUAUCUUUUCUCUUUUUUUUUAUGUCUGACACUCUUUGAAAUAUCAACAAAGAUUUAUGGAUAUUGUUAUUUAUCGCUUCCUGUGUUUGGUAUUGGUUUAAAAUUAUUUUGGUGUUACGUUUUAUGGAUAUUGGUCUGUAAAUCAAUAAAACUUUAUUAAUGGUUAUUCA